UCGAGUAAUAAUCGGAUGCAGCUGACAACUCUGUGCGAAUACGUUCACAUUGACUACUUGGCAGGAGAGCAAGUGCCCAACAUUUGUUGAUUCUUUUGAAAUUCCAGCCUCUGUGGUUGGGAGAUCAUCGGGAAAAAUGGAAAGAUCAGCGGACGACAGCAUGGGAAAGAACUGCAGAGCCUGCGCCGAACACUCAUCCAUACUGGUGGACCUCUUCUCCACGGAGAUCUCUGAUCCCCCCAUUUGGGAAAUGUUGAACUCAAUUCUACCGGAGAUCUGUCGCGUGAAACGGGAUGAAAUGCCGCAGAAGAUCUGUCCUACCUGCCUGGUGGCCGCUCAAAAUGCCUUUCAUUUCCGGCACAAGUCUCGACAAAUCAAACUCAAAUCUGAGUAG